AUGGGAUUUUUUGUGAAUGAUCUUCAUCGUCAGCUUGAACAAUUACACAAAGAACAAUUUGCUGGCCAUCAAUCGAGUAAGACUUUCACAGUGUUUCGUGGUCAAGGUUUAUCCAUAGCAAAUUUUAAAGAAAUGAAAGAAAUGAACAACAGUCUUAUAUCAUUCAACAACUUUCUGUCUACUAGUAGUAAUCGUGAUGUAUCGUUGGGAUUUGCUAAACAAUCACUUUCUGAUAAAAAUUUGGUGGGUAUUCUUUUCGUUAUGACAAUUGAUCCGACCAAAUCGAUAAUACCAUUCGCUUCUAUUAAUGACAUUAGCUUCUUUGGAGAUAAAGAAGGUGAAGUACUCUUUUCAAUGCAUACGGUUUUUCGCAUCUGUAAUAUCCAACCAAUGGAGAAGAAUAAUCCUCUUUACCAAGUAGAAUUGACACUUACCAGUGAUAACGACGAAGAACGUCGUGAACUUACAGAAUACAUUCGAGAACGGACUGAAGGAUCAACAGGUUGGGAUCGAUUAGGUCAAUUGCUUCUUAAAGUAGGUCAACCAAAGAAGGCCGAACAAGUGUAUGAAUUUCUUUUGGAACAAACAAGUGACGAGAGCGAGAAAGGAAAUAUUUAUCAUCGACUUGGGUCAGCCAAAUAUCAUCAAGGAAAUUAUCAAGAGGCAAUUCGAUUGUAUGAACAAGCACUGACAAUUCGGCAACGGUUACUUCCUCCGAAUCAUCUUGAUUUGGCUAUGUCCUAUAACAACAUCGGUCUAGUAUACAACCAUAUGGAUGAGUAUCCAAAAGCACUGUUAUCUCAUGAAAAAGCUCUUGAAAUCUGUCAACAAACACUUCGUUCCAAUCAUCCUGAUUUGGCUGCAUCUCACAAUAACAUUGGUUUAGUUAGUUACAAAAUGCGUCAUUAUUUAGAUGCACUUUCAUCUCACGAAAAAGCUCUUGAAAUUCGAAAACAAUGUCUUCCUCCUAAUCAUCCUGAUUUAGGUAUGUCCUACAAUAAUAUUGGUGUGGUGUAUAAAGAUAUGGGCGAGUAUUCAAAAGCACUUUCAUUUUAUGAAAGUGCCGUCGAUAUUGGACAACGUUCAUUACCGCCUAAUCAUCCUCAUCUACAAACAUAUAAAAAGAACCUCGAUCUAGUACGAAAGAUAUUAUAAUUAGUAUUUGUCGAAAAAGAUAAUUAGCAAAGAACCUUUUAGCGUUGAUAAAUAUCGCUUGACGAUGGUAAUCUUUUCAAGUAUUAUUAACGUUUUGCAUUCGUUUAUCUUUAUAUUUUCUAAUCGAAUAGAGUCACAUUGAACUUCUUAAUCAUUUGAUAAUUCUAUUCAAAUUCAUCCAAACAAUCGAUUCGAUACGCUUUAUUUUUUUUCGAAAUGGGAUUACCCACAUGAAAGAUUUGUAAUAACGGGUGGAUAGAAAUUUUUCACACUUUUUAAUAUUUUAACCAUUGUGGUUGGAAACUGAAACUUGGAACAUUUGCAAUGUACUAUUUGUGGUUUUUUGCUUUUGAGUGAGACAUUUCAAUUUUUGUUUUUCCUCCACCCUUAUUUAUGAGAAAUCGACUCUUUAACCAAAAGGCGUUUUACAUAUAAAGGAGCCCAUGACAAAAUAUAUAUAACUUCACUCAUCUAAAGACUACAGAUUAUUCAAUAUCACAUUCUUUAAAGUAAUGUUGGCUUCAUAAAACUCAUGUCCAAUAACUUUUAGGAUCUUCGCAAAGAGACCCAUAUGAGUUAGCAAAAACCUGUUUAUACGCCGUCGUUCAAAUCAAUUUGUAAGGUCUUGCAACGAUUUCUUCACUUUUCUUAAACAAAAAUUGACAGAAAAUUUCUAAGUCCAUAUUAGAAAGAGCACAAAAUGCCGGUUCUAAUCCAUAGAUUCCGACUCGUCUAAAAUAUUUUCAAAUGAGUAAACAUUUUUUUUUACGAAAAUUUCGAUCUAUUCAUUAAUAUUACCAUCCACCUUCAUUUUAUUUAUCUUUCCCAAAUUCCCAAUUCUUUGGAAUCUUUUCUGAGAGAGAGAAAGUUUGUUUAAUGUGGCUUCUACAUUGGUCACUAUUAGACAAAUAAAUAUUUAUUUCAUGUUCUGACUCUCUAUCCUUUCGUCAAAUGACAGCAGACAUUCUUCUUUACCUAGUUGCAUCCCAAUGUUUUUGUUUUUCACUUAUUCAAGAUAAAGAAUUAUAGUUAUUUUUAACCUUUUAGAUUAAUCAUUACAUGACAUUUAACUGAUAAUCCUGAAAAUGGAUGCAAGGAACAAUGAAGAUACAACGCCACUAAUUAGUAGAUCUGGUGUGUUUGCAACUGUACAAGAUAACCGAAAUCGUCUUCAAAAAAAGCGAGCAUUAUAUUUCAUUCUUGCAUGCACUCUUUUCGAACGUAUCGCAUUUUAUGCAUUAAUGAACAUGCUUUUCAUUUCACUAGAAGAGAAACUUCAAUGGGAUGACAAUCACAGCCAAGCUGCUAUAUUUAUUCUUUCUGGUAAAUAAUAUAGAAAUUAUAUAUCUAAGUUUUUUUGUGAAACACGAUCUAAAAGAAGUGUUGCAGUAUAUAGGGUAGAAAUUUUGACCCCCCCCCCCCCGCUCCCCUCCCCACAGACGUGCCAGACAUCCUUAGCAACGAUACGUCACAGACGUGACAGACACGUUGAAAACGGCUUAUCAUAGACGUGACAGACGUCCUUAGCAACGGCCUAUCACAGAAGUGACAGACACCUUAGCAACCAUCACAGACCGUGACAGACAUUUUAUUAAUUAGUUGGUUAAUAACUAACUAAGACUUCAUUAAUUAGAGUUAGUGGCUAAUUGAUUAAGUAGUUUAUUAAUUAACGGCUAGUUUGGGACUGAUUAUUCACCUCAUAAUGAAGAAUUAGUUGAUAAUAGAAUACUUCUCACAGACGAUGACUAACACGUCUAAUAUGUUCAUAAACACUUCGAGAAGCAAUCAUUGAGUAUACAAGACUGUUGAUAUAAGAUCAGAGACCACGCAUCAAAAACGUUUUAUUAUAACGUAUAAGCUAAUUUUUGAUUCCAGUUUUGAAGGAAUGGAUAAAACAAUAUUUUAGAAAUGCGCUCCGAAAUAGAUAAAUUUAAAAGAUUCCCUGCAAUUAGGAAAAGUAGCUGGAUCGUGUUUCACAUUUUAAUCCCGGAAGGGAUUGCGCUGAAAGCCUUUUUAUUUCAAACAAAAAAGUGAUGUAAUUUGACUAAUUCAUAUGGAUUCAAUGAAAUGCCUGAAAAAAAACAUCGUUUAUAUUGUUUUUAAUAAUAGGAACAAGCUACGUUUCAACACUUAUUUUUGCUGUAAUUACUGAUGCAAAGUUGGGUAGAGCUAAAACGAUAAUCAUUGGUAAUCUACUCUUUAAGUUUUUAAUGUUUUUGCUUUUGAAAUAAUCUUUUUCGAACUAGGUUUUACUUUGUAUUUGUUCGGAUAUAUAAUGGUUACUAUAACGCUGUCGGGAAAAACAUCUCUAUGUUACUUUAAUAGCACCGAUCAUCGACAUGCAACUGCAAUAGGAGAGGAAAAGUGUGCUGCCCCACUUCUUGCAACACUCAUUUGCAUGUAACUACAGUCGAGGACAAAUGUUUAAGCGAUCUGCAUUUGUCAUUUCUCUUGUUCUGCGUCUAUCUCAGUCCAAGUAAGUCGAACCCCUUUCGUUCACCCACUAUCUUGUGCAGUUUUCGACUCUCUUUCCAGCGGUAGAUGAAUUAAGGAGAUUUGAGUUAAUGGGG